AGGCAGAGAACGGAGUGCCGAGGAGAAGAAACUCUAGUUAAAAAAAAAAUCGCCGAGUAAUCCAGUCUUUCUCCGAUCUUUUCCUUGUCAGAGAGAGAGAUGCCGAAGAUCGCGUUGGGAAGCAGGCAGGAGGCGGCCCAGCUGGACUGCGUCCGCGCCGUGGUUGCGGAACUCAUCUGCACCUUCCUCUUCGUUUUCGCGGGAGUGGGAGCGGCCAUGGCAGCUGAAAAGAUGAUUGGAGGAGCUGAGUCGAUCAUGGGGUUAACUGCUGUUGCUGUGGCCCACGCAUUAGUAGUGGCUGUGAUGAUCUCAGCGGCUCUGCACAUAUCGGGUGGUCAUCUUAAUCCGGCGGUUACGCUGGGCUUAGCCGUUGGGGGCUACAUAACCAUAUUUCGAUCCAUUCUCUAUUGGAUCGCUCAGAUUAUCGGCUCUACACUCGCCUGCCUUCUGCUCAAGUAUUUAACUGGAGGGUUGGCUACUCCAGUUCACACACUCGCUAGUGGGGUGGGGUUUGUCCAAGGAAUUAUCAUGGAGAUCGUUCUCACAUUCUCUCUGUUGUUCACUGUCUACGCUACAAUGGUUGACCCCAAAAAGCUGAUUCCUGUAGGGCUGGGUCCCAUGCUUGUUGGGUUUGUGGUGGGGGCCAAUAUCUUAGCUGGUGGGCCCUUCUCAGGGGCAUCCAUGAACCCUGCAAGGUCAUUUGGGCCUGCAUUGGCUAGCUGGGAUUGGACAGAUCAUUGGGUCUAUUGGGUGGGGCCCCUUGUUGGUGGAGGUCUUGCUGGCCUUAUCUAUGAGCAUUUCUUCACCAUAAAAACUCAUGUUCCUCUCCCAAGAGAGGAAGACGCUUUCUAAUGAUAAUCUCUCUCUCUAUCAUGUUGCAUCUGGUUGUAGGGGAUGUUGUUGAGAGUGUAUGUGGGUUUUCUUUCUUCCUUUUAGGUAUGCUUGUGUACUUAAAACUUAUGUAGGUUGGGCGCUUCUAUCUUAUAUUUAAUUUGGUUAUUAUUGUAUGCUUAACCUCUAUGCACUCAAGUUAAAAGGUGAGUUAUUUAAUCAUGAUGACAUAAAGAUGCUGUUUAUAUGGCA